AUGGUCGGUGAUACGCGACACUUCCUCGAUUCAAGAGCCAGGAAGGCUCCGAACCGCCAGUCACGAUCCUGCAAAGUCUGCCGGCUCCGCAAAGUCAAGUGCGAUCGUGUCAAGCCCUGCCACGCCUGCUGUGCUCACGGGUACCCGUCAAAAUGCGUAUAUGAGAGUGUCCCGGAUGACGAGGCGAAGCCGAUAAGUCAGGCGGAGGAGAUACGCAAUCUGCGGUCGGAAAUCCGAGAAUUGCGCUCGAGGAUCGAUGAUAAACAUGACGGGGAUGGGGUCCAAGAUCUCCAACGGCUCGAUCGGCUAGAGAGCUUAUUUGAGUCUAUUCGCUCUGCGCCGAUACAGACGGUUGACGACUUGGUUCGAGAAAUUCGCACUGCACAAGUGGGACUCAAGAAAGACCUGGUGCCCGUGGGACCCUGGGAAGGAACAGAGGCAUACGAAUCUUAUCCUUCGCCCAACUCGGCUGUUCUGCCGACUCGGACUCGUCUCUUGCUGAAUUCGCCCGUGCCAGACUUUAACACUUUGCCUGGUGAGGACGACGAUGACAGUGACUUGGAGCGCAUGUCGGUGGGCAGUGGGAGUGGCUCUGACUCUUCUGGCACAAUAUCAAUUAUGAAUAUGCAGCAGAGACCAGCUGUCGAUGUGUUUGUAGAGAGAUUCGUUGAUGCAUUCAGCCCCGAGGUCGACAUCAAGUCGGGACGGGCAGGUGCAUUGCGAGCUGCAGCUGGGAUCCGCAUGUUUUCACCACUUAUCACUGAUGCGUUCGAGGCGGUCUCGGUGGCGUUCUUUGGUCGUUCUGUUCAGAACAAGCAGAUUGAGGCCUCGGGCUUCCGACUAUACCCACGCGUGCUGCGUGGAUUACAAGAUGCUUUGGUGGAUCCAGAAAAGUGCAAUGCAGAGUCAACACUUGUUACCGUGAUUCUAUUGCUAGCGUUCGAGAGCGUUGAACGCACAACACAAAGUGGUGUAUCUGCCCACGUCAGAGGAGCUGUAAAGCUCAUCGAACACCGUGGACCAGAAAACCAUAUGUACGGUGUCGAGCACUUACUGUUUACGGAACUCCGACCAUACUGGAUCGGUGGAGCAUUGGCCGCUCGACAACCCUCAUUCCUGGCACGAGAAGAGUGGAAGACUAUCCCAUGGUCGGCAGGCACGACUAAAAAGGAUUUCCUCCAUCAUCUGCUGGAUCUUGCAGCAGAUAUCCCUGGCUACCUGGCUCUUUCUGAUGCCUUUAAGGAAGCCCAAAAGACCUCCGUGAUGGGCGCCCAGGAGGCAGCCGUCAAACAGUCCACUAUGUGGAAUGGCAUUGGUGAGCUAACAGCCAAAUUCUACCAAUGGUACGAAGAUUGGGUUGUCACCUACCCCGACGGGCCACCAGAAGAAGUCGAACAGACAGGCGAUCAAGGAUUCCCCAUCUUCCAACGGCGAAACCUCCGCAACGGGGCUACAUUCACCCCGUCUCGGUUCGCCUAUCCGAACCUGCUCAUGGCACAGACCAUGUGCCUCUACUAUUCCUUCCGGCUGAUUCUUUCCUCGGUUGACAACCGACCUCAUGAUCGCGUCUCCCCUAUGGAGCAGUACGAUCUGGGAUGCGGAAUCUGUCGCUCCCUGGAAUUCUAUAUCCUAACUGCCCCCGGUAACAUGAUCAACCGACUCGCGUUCCCCACUCGAGUCGCAUGGGAAGCGUUCCCCGACGGAGGCCCCGAGCGCCGAUUCAUGGUCGAGGUGCUACAUCUAGUUGAAAAGCGACAUGCCCUGGGGCUCUGGGGCAGUGCGAUGCCCGAGUUAUCUACGCGAGAAUCCUCACCACUAAAUACGGGUAGUCCGUAA